AUGUUCUGGCCCACCAAGAAGGACCUCAAGACUGCCCUGGAAGUCUUUGCUCUUUUCCAGUGGGCCCUCAGUGCCUUGAUUUUAGUAACCACUGUGAUCCUUGUCAACCUCUACUUGGUGGUGUUCACAUCAUACUGGCCUGUCACUGUGUUGGUGCUCAUCUGGUUGGCUUUUGACUGGAAGACCCCUGAGCGAGGUGGCCGCCGGUUUGCCUGUGUGAGGAGGUGGUCUCUGUGGAAACACUACUGCAAUUACUUCCCAAUCAAGAUUGUGAAGACGAAUGACAUUUCCCCCAGCCAAAACUACAUCCUUGCCUGCCAUCCUCAUGGGCUCAUGGCCCAUUCAUGCUUUGGCCACUUUGCUACUGACAGAUCAGGCUUCUCCAAGACCUUUCCUGGUAUCACUCCUUAUAUGCUCACACUAGGAGCCUUUUUCUGGGUGCCUUUCUUCAGAGACUAUGUAAUGGCUACAGGGGCCUGCUCUGUGAGUCAAUCCUCCAUGGACUUUCUGCUUACCCAAAAGGGCAAAGGCAACAUGCUUGUUGUGGUGGUCGGUGGCCUGGCUGAGUGCAGACACAGCCUGCCAGGCUCUACCACCCUGUUCCUGAAGAAGCGGCUUGGUUUUGUUCGCACGGCCCUUCAACAUGGGGUAUCUCUAAUCCCUGCUUAUGCCUUUGGAGAGACAGACCUCUAUGACCAGCACAUUUUCACUCCUGGGGGCUUUAUCAAUCGCUUCCAGAAGUGGUUCCAGAAAAGGGUACACAUCUAUCCCUGUGCUUUCUAUGGCCGCGGCUUCACCAAGAACUCCUGGGGCCUUCUGCCCUAUUCUCAGCCAGUGACCACUGUUGUCGGGGAACCUCUACCACUGCCCAAGAUUGAGAAUCCGAGCAAGGAGAUUGUGGCCAAAUACCACACCCUCUAUAUUGAAGCCCUCCGCAAAUUGUUUGAUCAGCAUAAGACCAAGUUUGGCAUCUCAGAGACCCAAGAGCUGGUGAUAGUUUGAAAGGCAUUCCCCUGACUGGAUGGUGUGGAACUGGUGACAACAGGCCACAGUUACCUACGGAGCUUCACUUCUGACUUGACUAUCCUCGCUAGUGGGAGGUGGGGGUGUGUCCAUUCGGAUGUUUUCUGUGCCCAUC